AUGGCGUCGUGGAAGCCGUUAUGGAUCAGUAUCUCGGCCGUCCUCCUCUUCUGCAGCCUUGCUUAUCUGCUCUCCUCCUCGUCCACUCUCCCGCCAAUCCGGCACCAGCAGGAGUCUCCCUCGUUAUCCCAGUUUCGUCACAGGCACUUCCGGGCUCCAGCAUUGAAUCCUUGGGCUGAACUCGAUGAGAGUGAAGCUUCCCAGGUACACACCUAUUUCCAUGAAUCGAUCAAACGGCCCUCCGCUACUCGACAAGGAAACGAGCUCUAUCUUAUCGAACUCCUACGUCCCAAUAAGUCCGACGUCUUGGACUAUCUCGACAACAACGGCCCUGUCCCCGACCGAUGGGCUCGAGUUUCCAAUCUGGAGGUCCAUGAGAAUGAUGCCUCCAUCGUCGACUACAUGGUUGGUCCGUUGCCACCGUCCAACCACACCCAGAUCCUACCCCUGACAUACUGUUACAACUCUGGGCGCAACCACGUCCAGAGCCCCGUCUCAGAUGUCUUCGCUCUCCUCGACUGGGCCCUGAGCAUUGGCGAGAACGCAUCUGAUAUCACGCAAGAUCUGCUCGGGGCCAAAACAAACCGCAAUGAUCCAUCCGACCCAAACGCCCUGGUGAUGGGUUCUCGACCUGCUCUCAUUGAGUCCGGUCGAACGGUCCACUGGCUGGAAUUCUUCGGCUCCGGUGUCUACUCUGACAGCCGCAGCUUGCUCCCACAGGGAUUAUACGUCAAGCUGGACAUUCCCACUGCGAACCCCGAGACUUGGAAGACAGGCGAAUGGUUCUACAAUGACAUUUUAUACGAGAACGACACCGCCCUACGUGAAGCCAUGGCAUCUCCGGACUUUGAACGACUGAACCUCAACCUCGACGGCUCCUGGACCGACACCGAGGAUUUCACCAUCUCCAUCCCCGAACGAGAUAUGCUUCCACCUCUCUCCAUCCAACCUUACGGACCCCGCUACCAUCUCGAUCGUUCUCAAAACUACAUUUUCUGGAUGGGGUUCUCAUUCUACUUGUCCACCGCACAAGCCACGGCCCUCUCGCUCUUCGACAUUCGCUACAACAACUCCCGCAUCAUCUAUCAACUAGGCCUUCAGGAAGCUCUUGCCCACUACGCGGGCACUGAGCCGUUGCAAUCUGGCCUAGAGUUUCUCGAUACGUUCUUCGGAAUGGGCAGUAUGAUGUUCAGCCUUGUUCCGGGCCUCGAUUGUCCCGGCCAUGCCGAGUAUAUUGAUGUCUCAUAUCACAAAGGUGGCAAGAUGUACACGAACAAAAAGGCCAUUUGCGUCUUUGAAUAUACCUCGGACGCUCCAUUACAGAGACACACAUCCGCAUUCAGCGCCACCGUGAGCAGGAACACGUACCUUGUCGUCCGCAGUGUAAGCACGGUCGGCAAUUAUGACUAUACCAUCGACUACAUUUUCUACCUCGACGGGACUGUCGAAGUAAAACUACGAGCUUCGGGCUUCAUCUUCGGAGCCUUCCACGCCGAACCACGCUCUUCUCCGCUACGCCGCGACUCUUCGACCAACGAAUACGGCUAUCGCAUCCGCCCUGGCCUCCACACUUCGAUGCACGACCACGUCGUCUCGUUCCGCGCGGACCUUGAUAUCUGCGGCACGCAAAACACACUGGUCCGCACAUCCAUCGAACCAGUUACACAAUCCUACUUUUGGGACCCCCCCGAAGUCCUCGGUCCCCGCAACACAAUGCACAUGGUCCACUCGCCCGUUACUCGCGAGACAGGCCUCAAUUGGCCCCGCAAUUCCGGCGAAAUGUACCUGGUCACCGCACCGAACGCGACCAAUAAAUGGGGUGAGACUCGCGCCUACCGUGUCCUCCCCGGCACCGGCAUGGGAAAUCCCGUGCACCUGACGAUUCUCGACUCGACGGCUCUCGGCCGAUCGGCUGCCUGGUCAGCCUCUGAUCUCUGGGUAUUGAAGAAUCAUCCGGACUCCGAACCCGCUAGCGCGCAUCACCUAAAUUACCUCGAACCGUUAGAUCCGCUAGUGGACUUUGGGCGUAUGCUUGAUGACGAGUCUAUCGAGGAUGAAGAUUUGGUGUUGUACUUUAAUCUUGGUGGCCACCAUGUGCCGAGUAGCCAGGACGUGCCGAAUACGUUGAUGCAUACAAGUGCGAGUUCGAUGGUGUUCAUGCCGUUUAAUUAUUUUGACGAUGAUGUGAGUAGGGGGCUCCGGCAGGGUGUGAGAGUCGAUAGGCGCCCGAAGCCGAAGCAGAAGGCUAGUGAGGUAGACAAGCAGAACGGCUGCGAACAAGGCCAGGCGCAGAGUGCGAAGGAUAUGGAUAAGGAGGAGAUUCGCCGGGCCACAAGACCGAGAAGAGCAACAGCAUCAGGCAAAGAGGAAAACGAGUAUGAUGCAGGUGGAAAUGCUGUUGAUAGUGAUGGUGAGGAUGGCGUCUCAUACUUCGGCGCCCGAUAUACAGGCCCCGUCAUGGUGUCGCAGGACAUGCUCUCGCCAGAUCUAAGUCAUUACAUGCAAGAGCGGGAUGGAGAAGACCAUGAUGGUGAGUGGAAGACGGUACGGAAUCGUGUUGGAGGUGGGCUUUUGGGCUUGUUUGUGGGCAAAGAACGAGAUGGGGGCCAGGAGGAUGGACGGCUGGAUUGGUAG